GAAGUCCCAGCCCUACCUCUAUAAAUAAGAGAUUUCUGCGCCUGCUGAAACCCAAACAAUUCAGAUCCUUUUGAUAACACGAAUUCAAAGAUACGCAAGAAAGAAUGGAAAAUGGUAGUGGGAACGUGUUGAAGCCGAUGGACUCUGAGCAACUGAGGGAGUAUGGACAUCGAAUGGUUGAUUUCAUUGCUGAUUAUUACAAAACCAUCGAAACUUUCCCUGUCCUUAGCCAAGUUCAGCCUGGUUAUCUUCACAACCUUUUGCCUGAUUCAGCACCUGACCAACCUGAAACGGUGGAACAAGUUCUUGAUGAUGUUAAGACGAAGAUAUUGCCUGGAAUAACGCAUUGGCAAAGCCCCACCUUCUAUGCUUAUUACCCUUCUAACAGCAGCGUUGCAGGGUUCUUGGGUGAGAUGUUGAGUGCUGGUCUUGGAAUUGUUGGUUUUAGUUGGGUCACUUCUCCAGCUGCCACUGAGCUCGAAAUGAUUGUUCUUGAUUGGCUUGCAAAACUGCUCAACCUGCCCGAGCAGUUUCUCUCCAAAGGAAAUGGAGGUGGGGUGAUCCAAGGGUCAGCUAGUGAAGCUAUUCUUGUUGUUAUGAUUGGUGCUCGCGAGAAGGUCUUAAGACGCGUUGGUAAGAACGCGCUUGGGAAGCUCGUUGUCUACUCCUCUGACCAGACACAUUCAGCUCUACAGAAAGCUUGCCAGAUAGCUGGAAUCCAUCCAGAGAAUUGCAGGGUGCUGAAGGCAGAUUCCUCUACAAAUUACGCUUUGCGUCCAGAAUUGCUUCAAGAAGCCGUUUCUAAGGAUAUUGAAGCUGGAUUGAUUCCAUUCUUCUUAUGUGGCAAUGUUGGGACCACUUCUUCAACAGCAGUUGAUCCAUUAGCUGCACUAGGAAAUAUCGCAAAGAGAAAUGAGAUAUGGUUUCACGUGGACGCAGCGUACGCUGGAAGUGCGUGUAUAUGUCCAGAGUAUAGACAGUACAUUGACGGAGUAGAAACUGCAGACUCUUUUAACAUGAAUGCUCACAAAUGGUUCCUCACUAAUUUUGAUUGUUCCCUACUUUGGGUCAAGGAUCAGUAUGUGCUCACUGAAGCUCUGUCAACAAAUCCAGAAUUUCUCAAAAACAAGGCCUCUCAGGCAAACUUGGUUGUUGAUUACAAAGAUUGGCAGAUCCCUCUCGGACGAAGAUUCAGGUUAUUUAAAUUUCUUCAGGAACAUCUGCAUAUAUACAAUAUACUAAGAUUGUGUUCGUGUUUGUAUUUAAACAGAUCAUUGAAAUUAUGGAUGGUUUUAAGGCUCUAUGGAGCUGAGACCUUGAAGAGCUAUAUAAGAAACCAUAUCAAACUCGCUAAAGAUCUCGAACAACUUGUCUCUCAAGAUCCUAAUUUUGAGGUUGUGACUCCUCGGAUAUUUUCCCUCGUCUGUUUCCGUAUCUUACCUGUGGAUAACGAUGAAAAGGAGUGUAAUGACAGAAACAGAAACCUCCUAGACGCAGUGAACUCUUCUGGGAAACUGUUCCUUUCUCACACUGCUUUGUCGGGAAAAAUCGUACUACGUUGCGCCAUAGGAGCGCCACUGACGGAGGAGAGGCACGUGAAGGAGACAUGGAAGGUUAUCCAGGAAGAAGCUUCACGCUUGCUUGGCAAGUAAAUAAGAAGAAAAAAACUUUUAUGAUAAAACCUUAUGUUUUUGCCAACAAACCUAACUCAUGGUUUGGUUUGGUUUAAUUUGAUAAUAUAUAAAAUAAAAUAAACAUACCAAUGCUAGACAACUUGGAGUUGUGAACUUCGUUUUGAUUUCGGCAAAGGUACUCUUGUGUGAUUGUGUGCUUUUCUUUUACCAAUUGUGUGUAUUUUAUCUCUUUUUCCAGUUGUGUAUGUGGUUUUGUUGUGGUUAACUAUGUGUAACCAAUGACAACAAGCAUAUUGUAAGGCUGUAAGCAUAUAUAUAAAGAAAUCUAUUAAUCUUUCUAUCAAGUA